AUGGCAACCCGUGCCAAAUCCGGAAUCUCCAAACCUAAUAGGCACUACCUUCUCUCUGCUAUGGUCACAUCUCCAUGUGAGGUCGAACCACGAACAGCAGCUCAAGCUCUCAAGGAUGACAAAUGGAGGAAUGCAAUGAGGGCUCGUUUAGUCGCACUAGGAUAUAAUCAUCGACCAGGGUUAGAUUAUGCUGAAACGUUCAGUCCGGUUGUUAAGUCUACAACUAUCCGUGUAAUCCUUGGUGUGGUUGUUGAUCGCUCUUGGCCGAUUCGGCAACUUGACGUUAACAACGCAUUUCUCCAAGGUACACUUACUGAUGAAGUUUACAUGUCCCAACCGCCUGGCUUUGUGGAUCGUGAUUGGCCACACACUGUGUGUCGUCUUCGGAAAGCAAUCUACGACUUGAAACAAGCCCCACGAGCAUGGUAUGUUGAACUUAGGAACUAUCUUGUCUAUGUUGGUUUGUAA